AUGGACAAGCUGCUAGGCAACCUGGACACGCGGCGCCGGGACCGCCUUGGGAGCACAGAGGCAUCCUCCACCGAGGAGCAGACUGGCUGGUCCCAGGCCGAGGAGAUGCUGGAAGGAUACAGAGGAAAUGCCACUCCUCACCCACCACUACCGUCCUGGCAUCUGCAGGGCCUGGAGAGACCCCAGAGAUCGCAGAGGGAGCGACACUUGAAUGUAGGACAGGGAGGGAGCCCUGUCCCUGACCCAUCGGCCACACCUCACUCUGUCCCCACCCACCAUGGGCUGGGGGCCUUGAAGUGGAGUUCUUGGCUGGCCUUGGCUUUCAUCGUCAACCAGCUCUGCCUUCCUCCCUAUGGGCUGAGUCCUGAGGCCCAUUCGGGAAGUCGAGGCUGGUUCCGGAAACCCCCUCCUGCCCCCUGCCUGUCAGCAGGCCCCCCGCCCCUUCCACGGUGGACAAAGCGCAAUGAAAAGAAACCUCAACCCCUACCCAGAGCUCUCAAAACCAGUCAUCGGACGCCUCAGUUUAUUUUCCAGAAUCUGUUAUUCUCUAGGUCAGCAAUAAUAUGUAGGUUAUUAAAGUCCAGCUCCAGUUGAACCAGCUCAGUCCAGACCGUUGCAGCCACCUCCUGCCUAAGAGAAAGGUGGGAUUGCCUGGCUGGUGUGGCUCAGUGGUUGGUAUUGACCUAUGAGCCAGGAGAUCAUGGUUCGAUUCCUGGUCAGGGCACAUGCCAGGGUUGCAGGCUCAAUCCCCAGUGUGGGGCGUGCAGGAGGCAGCUGAUUAAUGAUUCUAUCUCAUCAUUGACGUUUCUCUCUCUCCCUCUCCCUUCCUCUCUGAAAUCAAUAAAAAAUAUAUUUUACCAACCCGGGCGAGGGGGCGGGCCCGGGAGGGAAGCCACGUGCCGGAGCGGGACGCGAUUGGCUGGCCCGGAGUUGUUUGUGAGCGGCCAUUGGCGGCGACGGGGAGCCGCCUCCAGCCGAUUGGCCGGGUUUUGGAGGACGGCCAGGGCCAGGGGAGGAGCGGUGGAACCGCUAGGCCGGGUUGGGCCGAACCGGGCCGGGCCGAGUCGAGCGCGAGAGCCCGCUGCGCGGCCACCUGAGCGCGACCUCGACCCCGACCCCGCCGCCAUGCGCUGGCUCCGCGCGCUGCUGAAGAACGCGUCCCUGGCCGGGGCGCCCAAGUACAUCGAGCACUUCAGCAAGUUCUCCCCGUCCCCGCUGUCCAUGAAGCAGUUCCUGGACUUCGGGUCCAGUAAUGCCUGUGAGAAAACCUCCUUCACCUUCCUCAGGCAGGAGCUGCCCGUGCGCCUGGCCAACAUCAUGAAAGAGAUCAACCUGCUUCCUGACCGGGUGCUGGGCACACCCUCGGUGCAGCUGGUACAGAGCUGGUAUGUCCAGAGCCUCCUGGAUAUCAUGGUGUUCCUGGACAAGGACCCAGAGGACCAACGCACCCUGAGCCAGUUCACCGAGGCCCUGGUCACCAUCCGGAACCGCCACAACGACGUGGUGCCCACCAUGGCACAGGGCGUGCUCGAGUACAAGGACGCCUACGGCGAUGACCCCGUGUCCAACCAGAACAUCCAGUACUUCCUGGACCGCUUCUACCUCAGCCGCAUCUCCAUCCGCAUGCUCAUCAACCAGCACACCCUGAUCUUUGACGGCAGCACCAACCCGGCCCACCCCAAACACAUCGGCAGCAUCGACCCCAACUGUUGCAUCUCUGAGGUGGUGAAAGAUGCCUAUGACAUGGCCAAGCUCCUGUGUGACAAGUACUAUAUGGCAUCACCGGAUCUGGAGAUCCAGGAGAUCAACACGUCCGACCCUAAACAGCCAGUUCACAUGGUUUAUGUCCCCUCCCAUCUCUACCACAUGCUUUUUGAACUCUUCAAGAAUGCCAUGCGAGCCACCGUGGAAAGCCAUGAAUCCAGCCUCGUUCUCCCUCCUGUCAAGGUCAUGGUGGCCUUGGGAGAGGAAGACCUGUCCAUCAAAAUGAGUGACCGAGGUGGGGGUGUCCCCUUGAGGAAGAUCGAACAACUCUUCAGCUACAUGUACUCCACAGCACCCACGCCCCAGCCUGGCACGGGGGGCACCCCAUUGGCUGGCUUCGGGUACGGGCUCCCCAUUUCCCGCCUCUAUGCCAAGUACUUCCAGGGGGACCUGCAGCUCUUCUCCAUGGAGGGCUUUGGGACGGACGCCGUCAUCUAUCUCAAGGCCCUGUCCACGGACUCGGUGGAGCGCCUGCCCGUCUACAACAAGUCAGCCUGGCGCCACUACCAGACCAUCCAGGAGGCCGGCGACUGGUGCGUCCCCAGCACGGAGCCCAAGAACACGUCCACGUACCGUGUCACUUAGGGGCCAGGGCACCUCUGCACCUGAGAGGAUGGACUGCUUGCUGCCUCUGGGACUGGCCACCACGGCUGCCCUCCCCGUCCCCUGCCCCCAGGUGGGGAGACUCCCCAAUGACCAGCUCCUGUCUCUAUGGAAGUCACGGCGGUGACCAGGCUGUGGUGACCCCUAAGUGCCAAUCUGUCUGUCUGGCGAUUCUGAGGUGGUCUCCCCAGUGUCCAAUCUCUGUGGGAGAUCCCUGAGGAUUGGGGGAUGUCUCCACCUGCUGGGGUGUCCCCAUGGCAGUCCUGAUACCAGCGCUGCCAUUUUCCUGCCAGGGUCCCCCUCACCGCCCUCCACAGCCUGGCCUUCCAAACAGAUGCCCUGCUUGCCCUUUCCCCUUAGUCUGCCCAGGCACCCCAGCCCUGGUCCGUGUCAGCAGGAGGAAAGGGUCCCCCAGAUCUCGGUGGUGGGUGGGGAAAGGGGUUGCACCCUUGGACCCCUGGGCGGGACCUGGCCUGGCAGCCUCACCCUCCACUCUGAGCUUCAGGUCCAGGUUAGGAGGGAAGGGGUUCUUACCAGGACCUCACCCCUAAAGUGAGGAGCCUGGGAGGACCCUGAGGUACACGCCCAGCUGGCUGCUUGGAGCAGGGGGCCCAGCACUAUUUCUGCCGCCUCCCAAGCCCUUCCCUGCACGUCCUAACAUGCACACACCCACCUGCCCGCCUCACAUCCACACCAUCCACCUGAGCUCCACCCCGGCUCCCACUGUGCCCAGACAUGUGCAUGCCUGGGGUGGCGUUCUCCCUAAUACUCUGUACAUAGCUAGUUUUAUAGCCCCGAGUGUCCCCACCCUUCCCCUUAGCACACGGGGGGUUAAAGUUGUGUGCUCUUCCCAGUGGCUGUGAUGGUGGCAGGGACAUCCACAGUAAAGAGAUGCAAUGAGAA